GCUCUCAGCCUGUCUCCUCAGUUGUGGAGCAGCUAAGUGAGAGUAGAGCUGCAGCUGGGAGAACCAAGCCCCACCAGCCCUGCCUCUUGGACAAGAAAGAGCCAAGCAAAGGGGACUCAUCAGCACCAUCAGCAUCACCAUCCAACCCCCUCAUCCUCUUGAAGCAGGGACUUGACACACCCCAACACCCAUUAGUCUGCAAAGCAAGAGACAGAGAGAGAGAGAGAGAAAAAAAAGAAGCAAUGUCAAGAGCAGACAGGCACAUGGAGGAGUGUCCCAGGCACCCAGCCUUCCUGCAGGGCUGCACGCAAGAAGUUGAAAGGAGCAGUGGCAGUCCCAAGGUGCAGAGGAUGUGUGCCUUUAGGCGGAGACUGCUGCUUGCACUCACCUUCCUGGCAUACACUCUGGACUCUGUGUCGGCCUAUGGCACCGCUGAAACCCUCUGUGGUGGGGAACUAGUGGAUACACUGCAGUUUGUCUGUGGGGACAGGGGCUUCUACUUCAGUAGGCCCGUGGGACGAAAUAACAGAAGGUUCAACCGUGGCAUUGUGGAGGAGUGCUGUUUUCGGAGUUGUGACCUCGCUCUUCUGGAAACAUACUGUGCUAAGUCUGUUAAGUCUGAACGAGACCUGUCUUCCACAUCUCUGACAAGCUUACCAACGCUAAGCAAGGAUAGCUUUCAAAAGCCUCCACAUGCUAAGUACUCCAAAUACGACGUGUGGCAGAAAAAGAGCACACAGCGCCUACAACAGGAGGUCCCCAGCAUCCUCCGUGCUCGCAGGUUCCGGUGGCAAGCUGAAGGGCUCCAAGCAUCUGAUGAAACCAAGGUACAUCGUCCUCUCAUCUCUCUGCCCAGCCAGAAGCCUCCGAUUGUGCGAGCUUCCUCAGAAACAACAGGCAACCAGAAAUGAACUGUGAAAUGGGAUUCUGUUUUUUUUUUUUUUGCUCUCCUUGGGAGGGACUUUUAAGGCCUAGGCCCCCAAACCCUCCACCCCCUUGGCCACAAAGCAAAGGAGGGAAGCAUUGUCCUUCUCACCAAGGAGCAAUAAAAAGGGGGCACCUUAAUGCUAACCUAAAGAGAACCAAACAACUGACACAGUAAGAACAGGAUUACAGCGCUGUCAGCAGCAACAUAAUUUCUGUGGCAUUGUCCUUUAAACAUUAAGGGGUUUUAUUUUCCCAUAUGUACCCAGUAUUUUUCAAGCCUGUACUUAAAGGGACAGUUUGGCACUUGAACUUCUUCCUAUUGGGCACUACAUGACAUCACAGGUGCCAACAACAGAAGACAAAAGAAAGAGCAAGAGAGAGAGAGAGAGAGAAAGAGAGAGAGACAGAAAGGACCCGGAACAAAAAACAGAAAAGCAAAAACAAAACAAAAAAAGAAAAAAACCAAAAACAAAACAAAAAAAGAAAAAAAAGAAGAGUCCAUUCCAUGUCUUUCUUGACAAUAAAGUGAAAAAAAAAAAAGAAUGGAGAGAAAUAUUGAGGGUUUUAAUUUUGCCUCAUUCCCACACCACUUUUUUUUUCUUUGGUAAAAUUUGCUUAUUUUUAUAACAGCAAUUUCUUUUGCACCUUUUUUGUUAUGAAAAAGUAACUGAGAAGAAAUUCCAAUGCAACCCAUCUGCAAUUGUUUGUGUGUGUGCUUAAUUACAAGAUUCCAAAUCGACUUGCACCUUUUGAAAAUCACCGAUGAAGUGAGGGAGAAGAAGAAGAGAAAGGGGAAGGAAAAAAGAAGUGAACCAAUGUUCACUUUAAAUGGAGGAGGCGUCUUCAUUGCACAUUUGCCACAGAUUUAGUUGAAUUAUAUAUAUAAUAUAUUAUAUAACUUUUUUGGCAAAAAAGCACUAUUUUUAUGGGACAUUUUGUGUAGUAUCUGAAGAGGGAUUGUAAUGUUUAAAAUGUGUUAUGGUGCUAAAGUAAGUUGGAAGGGAAAAAAACCCAGAAAUAGCAAGGGAGGGUGGGGAGGGAAGGACAAGAUAUCGAAUACUGAACUUGAAAUUUUAGCUUUUCGUUUUAGGAAAAGUGUGAUAAAUGUGUUUCUUUUCUCUUCUGACAUAUAGCUUGGUCAUGACCAUAUGAGCUACUUGGCUGUCACUCAUAUACACAGACGCACGCACACGCAGACAUACAACUAUAUGCAUCUUUUUUAGAUCAAAAGGGGACUUCAAAAAAAAAGACACACUAUCCUGAUGUUGUUAAGGUUUGUGAAUUACCACUCUAGGCCCUGGUUCUGCAAGGACUUUGGCACAUGCUUAUCUUCCUAACCUACAGGUAGUUCAGUCUAUUUCAGUGGGACUACUCAAAGUAUGUAAACUUAAGCAUAAGCCAUUGCAAGCUUGGGGCCCUGCUGUUCACACCAAGAUCUGUGUGUCAUUCACCGAGUCCUUUUUGGUCUCCCUCUAACCACCUUCUCUCUGACCUAAUGGCUCAUUACAGCUUUGAUACAGCAAAGUAUUGGCACACUCGAUAGUAUGGUUGACUUCAAUGAAUCUAUUCCCAUGUUUAAAGUUAGGCAUAGUAUCUUGCUGAAUCAAGACCUGUGUGAGUUACCUUGGAAGCAACAGCUCCAUGACUGACCGUCUCCUUAUCCUGCUCUUUCCCCUUUGCUCCCUUUUCAUAGAGUAUGCUUUGAAACCCGGGUCUCCAUUCCACUGUGGUGCCUUUACACUGUUCCAGAAUGGGUGAGCAGAAAGGUCCCUAAAGGGAAUAUCCCCAGCCUCAGAUGUUGAGCUGGCAGAAUGAUCCCAUGCCAUCCUUCCCGUCACCUAUGGUGAAUGGAGGAUAGCAUUGAGGGGCCUUUGAGAAGCUGACUAAUUUAGAGCCACUUUAAGGCGACUCUGAUUUACACUGACGGUGGGGCAGGCUCCUCAAAAUUCCAGAGGUGAAAGGUGUGCCAAAGUCACAUUGACUCCUGCUUUCUGUACCUAGUGCAGGAUCAGAGGUGGUACAUGAAAGAAGGUAAAAGGCUCAGGAACAGAUGAGCAAAUAGGUUAGAGAGGUGGGUAGACGGCUGUAAAAUAGGUUGGUUAAAAUAAUAUAUAUAAUCUCUCUAGGAACCAUAAAAGGGGGAAAUCAAUUACAUCUCCCUAUGAUAUACUCUCACUUGCUAAUAAAAUGGGGACACUCUGUUAACCAGUUCUGUACUUGCUUUGCCUUAUAUAUCCAUACAUUUAAAGCAUACAAAAAGACUACUUGAAUUGUAUUCUGUUUCGUGGUUUUGAGGGGAGGGGUUGGGGAGUUGGAGAUGGAGGAGGAUUUUAAUGUAUAAUCCUUUUGUUUAUUAUUACCUUGCAAUGUUGAGCCAUGAAGCCUUUGUUUAAAAAAAAAUGGCACUGCAAUACACAACAAAGUAAAGCGUUAAUUUAUUUUAUUAUAUAUAUAUGAAAGAAAGCAAAAAUUGGUCCAAAUCAAAAAGGCGGGGAGGGAAGUCAGAGGGAGCGGGGAGGGGAGGCACAAAAAACAGAGCAACUGCAAAGAAUUGAUUUUUUUUUCUUUUGUGUGUCUUUUUUAAAAACCUAGUUUUUAUUUUUAAAAAGAGAAAUAAAAGCUUUCCUGGAUGCUUUGUACCAAAAAUACAAUAAAUGAAAAAAAAAAAAAGUAAAACCUGUUAAGCAAAUAAAUAUCCAUCCAGAAUACCAA